AAUGUUUGCUAAAUACUUUGACCUUACUAACUACAAGAACUGUAUUUUAAACAGUAGCAAUUUGUAACUCCAUAGACAUUUGUCGAACACAUGACGCGUAAUCUUAAUUGUUAUGCAAAUAUAGAAAUAUGACUUAGCCUGUGAAUGUAACCGCUGUUUCAAAGUGCCUGGCGACUGUAUUUUGUCCCAAAGAUACAAACGUCGCAGAAGUGAACGGAUAUGCAUGACGAUUUAAUACAAUUAAGAAAACUUAAGUAGCGACGGUGUCAACAAAAUAUAUGAAGUAGUUUGAAGUGCUGAACAGGAGGAAGAUGGCAUUUCAAGUAUACGUGUCUUUUGCUUUGAUAUAUAUGGCUAUUUGGCAUAUGGUUGAUGCAAAACCGCCAAACAACAACGAUUAUAUGUCUGGCGGCGGGGGAAAUGGUGGCGGUGGAGACUUAACUGCAAAAUCCAUCCCUUACGAUUACGGCUACAAUGGUGGCGGUGGAGACUUAUCUGCAAAAUCCAUCCCUUACGAUUACGGCUACAAUGGUGGCGGUGGAGGCGGGAAAGGUGGCGGUGGAGGCGUCAUUGCAUAUAAAAUCCCUAUCGAUUACGACUACAAUGGUGGCGGUGGAAACUUCCUCAUCCCUUACGAUUACGGCUACAAUGGUGGCGGUGGAGACUCCUUUGCCUCUAUAUCGUCCAUCCCUUACGAUUACGGCUACAAUGGUGGCGGUGGAGACUCCUUUGCAUCUAUAUCGUCCAUCCCUUACGAUUACGGCUACAAUGGUGGCGGUGGAGACCAACCCCAACACACGGAUACUGUGACCACAACGAUAAUGCCAAGCUCUGGUAACCCAGGAGAACACACGGAUACUGUGACCACAACGAUAACGCCAAGCUCUGGUUACCCAGGAGAACACACGGGUACAGUAACUAUUGAGACUAUGAGUCCUGCGUCGCCACAGCAACAGAACGUUGGUAUUGCGGCUGAAAACGCCGCAUCCAGUGAGCCGGUUACCGAUCGCGACGUUGUUAAAGCCCUGUACAACAAACUUCUCGAUGACUACGAUGUGCGCGUAAGACCCAUCCAGAAUCAGUCAAAACCGAUCUACGUGAACACGAAGUUCGUUCCCCUUAGUAUCAUCGAGUUCGAUACCACGGAGCAGACGUUCGCGAUCCUGGGGUACUUCCGGGUGCGGUGGAUAGACCAGACCAUGACGUGGAGGCCGAAGUACUGGAACUACAUCAAUACGGUUAAAGUGGCAACUAACGUUUUGUGGAAACCGAACAUCAUUAUUCACAAGGCAGUAGACGGCCGAGGAGAGAUCGGUGCAAGCGAGACAGACAUAUUGGUCAUCAACUGGAACGGGAAUGUACAGUGGGUGCCUGAAGGCAUAUACACAAUUGUCUGCGACGUGAACAUCCAGUACUUUCCGUUCGACGUACAGACGUGCGUUCUCACGUACUAUGUAGCGGACGAGAGCACGGCAUCAGUGACGCUAGACCACUACUUGACCGUUGACAUGAGCGAAUACAGCGAGAACGCCGAAUGGGUCGUCACCAGUGUUACAAGACAACGCGUCGUUCGAAACAACAACUACUACAUCGACAUAGAAUUUCGAUUACAGCGCCGCGCAAACUUCGCGUUGUUCACGCUGAUCGCUCCACUAAUGGCGCUGGCCUUUCUGAACAUUUCGGUUUUUCUUGUCCCCGUGGAUUCCGGAGAAAAGGGUUCAUUCGCUAUCACGAUAUUUCUGUCCUACGGCGUAUUUAUGACGAUCAUCAGCGACACUCUACCUAAUAACUCCGCCCAGACUUCGACGUUCGUUCUGCUCCUCGAGACGCUUCUCUGCCUCAGCGUGCUGUCCGUUGUCUACACAGUAGUUCAGGCAAAGCUGGCGUUGACCAUCGGUCGCAAGCCAUGCCCAAUCCAGUGCCUAAGAACGCUGAAGAAACACAAUCAAGUCCUCCCUAUCGACCACUGCAUUGAACAUGGAGGCCACGCGUCCAAUGACAACAUCAUCUACACAUGGGGGAUGUUUCUAAAGCAACUGGAUCUUGUCCUGUUCUUUGUAUUCUUUGUCGUUGUCAGCAUAAUGAUUGGGAUUUUCUUUGCAGUUCUCCUCCGGCAUGUCGGCGUAGUUGAUUCCUAUGCGGACAUGGAGCCACAACCAACAACUCGAGUGUUUCCCAUCCCCACAACUGCGAGUGGAUAAGCAGCGCAGUGAAUCCGAUUGAGCUUCGCUUUGUGAAAGGGGGGGGGUUAAUGCAUAUGCGUAAAGUCUAGUCCGAAAUUGGCCUGAACAGUCUGAACAGGCUAUUCAGGGACGACACUUUCCGCCUAAACUUGAUUUUUGCAAAGAGACUUUCUUGAAACGAAAACGAGAGUUGUGUUCCGAAACACAAUGCCCCCUACUAUGCCGCUUUGAAGCCAUAUAUUUGGCCUUUGACAUUGAAGGAUGACCUUGACCUUUCACCACUCAAAAUGUGCAGCUCCAUGAGAUACGCAUGCAUGCCAAAUAUGGAGUUGCUAUCUUCAAAAUUGCAAAAUUUGACCUUGAAGGAUGACCUUGACCUUUCACCACUCAAAAUGUGCAGGUCCGUGAGAUGCACAUGCAUGCAAAAUAUAGAGUUGCUAUCUUUAAUAUUGCAACAUUUGACCUUUGACCUUGAAGGAUGACCUUGACCUUUCACCACUUAAUUUGCAGCUCCAUGAGGUACACAUGCAUGUCAAAUAUCAAGUUGCUAUCUUCAAUAUUGCAAAAAAAUUACCUUUGACCUUGAACUUGAAGGAUGACCAUGACUUUGACCUUUCACCACUCAAAAUGUGCAGCUCCAUGAGAUACGCAUGCAUGCCAAAUAUCAAGUUGCUAUCUUCAAUGUUGAAAAAGAUAUGGUCAAAGUUAAAGUUUUCGGACGAACGGACAGACAAUAUAUAUUUGACAUUUGACCUUGAAGGAUGACCUUGACAUUCACCACUCAAAAUGUGCAGCUCCAUGAGAUGCACAUAUAUGCCAAAUAUCAAGUUACUAUGUUCCAUAUUGAAAAGUUAUGGCCAUUAAAGUUUUCGGACGAACAGACAGACUGACUAACUCACUGAUGGACAGUUCAACUGCUAUAUGUUACCCUAACAGGGGCAUAAAAUAUCAUAAAAGCGGUAAGUGUCGUCCCUGAUUAGCCUGUGCGGACUGCACAGGCUAAUCUGGGAUAACACGUCGCGCAUGCAUUAAACCGCUUUUUCACAAAGCACAGCCCAAUUUAGUGGGUGAAAGAAAACCAUUAUGAAAAUGUCGAAAUCUGGUUUCCAAAACAAUGAACUAAUAGUUUCUGUAGGAGCAAAACGUAACACAAUACUGAAAUAAUAUAUAUAAGAUUCUAACACAGUGACAGUAACGUGUAUUUUAUGCCUUAACAACUUAAUGUAUAUGACCAAAGGUCCAUUUGAAAUGAAGUGCUGUUUUUCUGAAGCUGACAUUACCAGCUACUAGUAUUAUUUGUCGCCAUGCCAAAUCCAUUGAUAUCAAGGAUUUCACUUUCUUUGACCUUUGUUUAUUGGGUUGAAAUUCGCCAUAGUUCUUUCACACUCUUUGGGUUUUGCCUUAACUUAUUUCUCUUUAAUGAAAAAAUAUGUUCUUAUUUUAAAAAAAAUAACAAAAAUAUUUAAGUGUUUAAAAACUAGUUGCCGCUUUAUAUGUUGCCGCUUUAUAUGUUGCCUUAGCCCUAACUACAUUUGUUUUGGUUCAUUCAAUUUAUACAGACUACACAUGUAUAUUUUUUAAAUCAGUUACUAGCUUUUAUCUUAAGAAUUCAAAUGUUUGCCCUUUUACGUUCUAGCUUAAGCACUGGCUUUGUUAUCAGAGCAGCCAUUUAAACGGAUAUAAUGAAGUUUGAAUGGUUCAUUCCCUUCAAUUCUUCAUGGAGAUACCAACUGCCUUUAACGUUAGCAUGUCAAUAGUUUAGGACAAUAUUCAUUUUUUUUAUAAAACAUGGUAUUAAAUGAAGUUUAAUAUUCUGGUAAUCAGAUUGAGGUUCUUCAGGCGGGCGGCAUUUAAUCCAUGUAUGUGGUUUCCGGUCAAUAACUUUAGUUAGCAUUGACCAAUGCAGACUUUGCAUGGGCUUGUAUUUCCGGCCAAGGUAAGUAAGGUCAAGGUCACUUACUGAGAUCAGAAAAAUGGUUUUAGCUCAUUUAUUAACUCGAGUUUGGAUAGAGGUAGGCUUUAACAAUUGUGGGUGUUGGUAGCUUAUGUUCAGAUUUAGCCCGGCGUUGCAAAAUUAUUUAAAUAAAAGUAAAUUGGUAAGUAAAAUGUUAAAAACUUUAUUUCGUGAUAUUUAAUUUGUCAGGUUUUUAUAUAGUGACUAGAUUCAGCUUCAUUUUAAACAUUUAACAUAAUUUAAACAUCACCUAUUUAUCUAUUGACCAGCUGACUUAUCAUAUUGAUUAGAAUAGGUUUGUGUUAAGAAACUGUUUUUUAAUGUAUUUUAAGUUACCUAGCUAUUUCAAGACUGAUAUAAAAUUCGUAUUGUCAUUAUUUGAACUUAAUUUAUGAACCAUUCGUAAGUUGUUUUUUUUUUAAUACAAAUAUGUUAGUAGCAACUUAUUGUAUUUAUUUCACACUUAAUAAGUGUCUGCAAAAUUGCCACGCAUUGCGCUAUUUAAUUGGUCAAAAACAAAUAAUAAUAAACAUACAUUCGAAAGAGUAAAUGUUGUACGUUCAAAUGUUUAGAAGAAGAAUGCCUACAGACAUGUUUGGGUCUACAGACAGAAGACAGACAUAAGAAGAACAGACAUCCACGAUGAUAUCAGUAUACAAGGAAUGGAAAUAAGUGGUUGCCUGUUUUCCCAAGGCGAGCAGAUUUUUAUAUGGGCAGUCCAGUAUACAAAUUUGUCAAAAAGUCUGUUUGGGGUUCAUGCUUAAAAUGUUUGAAAUAAGCUCACAAAAUUAAUUCCAACAAGGGGCAAAAUUGUCACAAAACCAGGUUUUCAAUAAAAACAAGAUAUGUGUUUGACAGAAACACUAUGUCCCCUUUUGCAUCGCUUUGAAGCUGUAUAUUUGACCUUUGACCUUGAAGGAUGACCUUGACCUUUCACCACUCAAAAUGUGCUUCUCCAUGAGAAACACAUGCAUGCCAAAUAUCAAGUUGCUAUCUUCAAUAUUGCAAAAAUUAUUGCAAAUGUUAAAGUUGGGGCAAACAAACAAACAAACCAACAGACAGGGCAAAAACAAUAUGUCCCCCACUAUAGUGGUGGGGGACAUAAAAAAAAGUCUGAUUAAGGGAGACAACUACAACUCAAAAUGUGCAUUGCUACUGAUUGUUCAUCACAGUUACCCCCCUUGUUUCAAAAUCAAUCUAUUUUAGUCCUGGCGACCUUGACCUUGGAGAUAUCUACGUAAUUCUUUCGCCUGACACACCGUCCAAUGAUGGUGAACAAAUGUGCGAAAUGAUUAUAAAAUCUGACAAUGAAUGACAUAGUUAUGGCCCGGACAAGCUCAUUUAUGGCCAUUUUUGACCUUUGAACUCUAAGUGCGACCUUGACCUUGGAGAUAUCAACGUAUUUUUUUCAUGCAACACACCUUCCAAUGAUGGUGAACAGAUGUGCCAAAUGAUUUUAAAAUCUGAUAAUGAACAGCAUAGUUAUGGCCCGGACAAGCUUGUUCCGCCCGCCCGCCCGCCAGCCAGCCCGCCCUCAUUCGCCAGUCUAAUAACCAGUUUUUUCCUUCGGAAAACCUGCUUAAAAAUCCAUAUUGAAAAAAAAGCCUUUGCAAACAGAAUCAAUAAUUCAAAGUUUAGAACAAUGAAAACACUUUUAUCUAAACUUUAUAAAUAAAUAUUAUAUGCAUAUUACAUUUACUUGGUCUUUGGCUCCUAACUCUUUCACGGGCAACCAACAUACUUCAUAUGGUUGCCCAUCUUAGCUAGAAGUUAGUUAAGUAAGUUUGUAUCGCUAAAUAACCCAUUUACUUUGUUACUAGGGAUUCAAAACAGACAUAAUUUUGAAAAUAAUUUAAUUCAAUAAUUGGAAGUGUCUUACACUUGUUUCUGAUUACCAGUAAAACCAAAAUUAUCGUUGCUCCUACUUUCUUUUUUAUAAUUCCCUUUCACAACAUCCUUUGAGAUCUUAGAUUGUUCAUAAUCUGGGUGAUCAGGACGCAUGUAGGUCCACACCGCGUCCAGUCCAUGUCCGACUUGAUUAACAGGUUGCCAGUUGGGCAAAGGGAACCGUGAUACAAGAACUCUUGUGUCCAGAGUUAUCUCCUUUUCAAAUUUCUUUUCAAGUCCGCCCAUC